AUGGAUAAGAAUCAUUUAAAAAUCGAAAUCAAUAAUAUUCAUCAUAAUAAGCGUCGACUAUCAUCAAUAUCUUUCGACAUACCAAGCAGCACAUAUUUGUAUGAAAGAGAUCGUGUUUCACAGAAAAAUUCCUCGAUAAAUAUACAAUCACAUUUAUCACCAUCAAUUAAUCUCGAAGAAAACAAUGAAACUCAAUCACCAUAUCCUGGUUUGUCUGAAAAAGUAUUUUACUGUCUCAAACAAACAACAUCACCUCGUUAUCAAUGUUUACAAUUGAUAGCAUCGCCAUGGUUUGAACGUAUAAGUAUGCUUGUUAUUUUACUUAAUUGUAUCACACUUGGAAUGUAUCAACCAUGUGAACAUCAUUCGGAUGCACAAGAUUCGAAAAAAUGUGACACAGCACGUUGUCUUUGGUUACGUGCAGCUGAUUAUUUUAUUUUUGCAUAUUUUACUAUUGAAAUGUGUAUUAAAAUGACAGCGAUGGGAAUAUUUGGUAAAGGAGCUUAUCUAGCUGAUACAUGGAAUAGAUUGGAUUGUUUCAUUGUUGUUUCUGGGCUCUUGGAAUCAGUUAUACCUGGUGAUAAUUUAAAUCUAUCAGCUAUACGUACAAUUCGAGUUCUUCGCCCACUACGUGCAAUUAAUCGUGUUCCAUCGAUGCGGAUACUUGUCAUGUUAUUACUUGAUACAUUUCCAAUGCUUGGAAAUGUUUUACUUCUUUGCUUUUUUGUCUUCUUUAUAUUCGGCAUUAUUGGUGUGCAAUUGUGGAAAGGUUUAUUACGACAUCGUUGCUUUUUACAAUUCAACACAACCAAUAUACUUGAUCAAGCAUUAUUUGAGAGUUUUCAGUUACCAGUAUAUUAUAUUCCGCGUGAUCAAGAUUCAUUUGUUUGUUCAUUUCCUCAAUCAAAUGGAAUGACAAAAUGUUCAGAUGUACCAAAAUUACGAAAAGGAAAUAUGACGUGCGAACUUGAUUUGCAUAUGUAUAAUGAACAAUUAUCAAAUAAUCCGCACAAACCAAUCAAUGGGUGUAUUAAUUGGAAUCAAUACUAUACAUUUUGUAAUGUUUCGGAUCACAAUCCUUAUUCAGGUUCAAUUAGUUUUGAUCAUAUUGGCUUAGCAUGGAUUGCUAUCUUUCAAAUAAUUAGUCAAGAAAGUUGGGUGAAUAUAAUGUAUUAUAUUCAAGAUGUUCAUUCAUUUUGGGAUUGGAUUUAUUUUGUGUUCUUGAUUAUUAUUGGUUCAUUUUUUUUGAUUAACUUAUGUCUCGUGGUUAUUGCAACACAAUUUAGCGAAACAAAAAAACGCGAAACAGAACGAAUGCUAAACGAGCGAAGACGUUAUUCACGUUCAUCAAGUGCACGAGUGACUGAUGAACACAGUUCGUGCUGGGCAAAUACAAUUACGUAUCUUGAAUAUUUAUGGAAAAAAGCAUUUAAAAAAAUGCUUAUUUCAUGGAAAAACUAUCGACUGAAAGAUUUAAAUGUCAACAAAAAAAGUCGUCAAACAGAAACUGAAAAUAAUAAUCAAACAACCAUUGAACUCCAGCGAAAACCUAAUUCGACAAUAAAUUUAACUUCAUUUCGAAAUUUCGAUAUUAUUCAUCGUCCGUAUUGUCGAUAUCAUCAACUAACGCAUUGUUCAUCCAUUCAAACACCACCAUAUUUAUGUUCAUCGUCUACUAUUGGACUAGCAGGUAAUUCUCAUCAACUAGAUGUUGUCAAUUUACCCCAAGCAGGAAACACUUCGUCGCUAGAACUUCAAAUGGUUCCAGAUUCAUCAUCAUUUUCCUAUGAACCUGACAAUAAUUCAGUUCCAUCAAUGUCAAUUUAUAGAAAAAUAAUGAAACCUCUUCAUGUAGAUCUUGAAACCGAAGAUAAAAAUCAAUGUGAUUGCUAUCCUGAAAAUACUAUACCCGAUGGAUUAAUCAUGCAAAGUGAAACUGAAGAACAAGAUAAUGUUGAAGAAGAAAAUAGUAUAAAACCCAAAUCCAAAUUAUCUAAAUUUUUUAAUCGAUAUAUUUGGUCAUGUUUUCGUAAUUUUCAACAAUCUGUAGCAAAAUUCGUUGAAAGUAAAUAUUUUAGUCAUAUCGUUUUAUCAGCUAUUCUUAUGAACACUAUACUGAUGAGCGCUGAGUAUCACGGACAACCACAAGCAUUAACGAAUGCAUUGGAAUAUAGUAAUUUCGCAUUCGCAUUAGUAUAUGCUGCUGAAAUGAUGUUAAAAAUAAUUACCGACGGUUAUUUAAAAUAUAUUAAAAAUAUUUAUAAUUUGCUCGAUAGUGGCAUCGUCAUUAUCAGUAUUAUUGAAUUGCAAGGACAUCGAAACAGUGGUUUAAGUGUUUUGCGUACAUUUAGAUUAUUACGUGUGCUUAAACUUGUUAGAUAUAUGCCCGCAUUGAGACAACAACUGGUUGUAAUGCUGCAAACAAUCGAUAAUGUGGCAACAUUUUUCUCGCUAUUACUUUUGUUUAUUUUCAUUUUCAGCAUAUUGGGUAUGAAUCUGUUUGGUUGUAAAUUUUGUAAGAACCCAGAGAAUGAUAACAAUGAAACUGCGGAAUCUGAAUGUCCACGAAAGAACUUUGAUUCUCUUCUAUGGGCAACAAUAACUGUGUUUCAAGUUUUAACUCAAGAAGAUUGGCACGGCGUGCUUUACAGUGGAAUGAAAAAUACAAAUGCAUGGGCAGCAUUAUAUUUUAUAGCAUUAAUGACAUUUGGAAAUUACGUUUUAUUUAAUUUACUUGUUGCCAUUCUCGUCGAAGGAUUUUCAUCAGAUAAAGGACCCGCUAAUACCGAUGCUGAAAGUACGCCAAAUCGAUUGGCAAAUAUUGAUCCAUUCACAACGCAAGCACUUCUCACAGGAUAUAUUGAAAAACUUUCGCAUCCACAUGAGCCAAGCAUCGAUCAAUCAAAAAGGUGCAAUCAAGAACCUAAGGCUUCUGAAAUAAAAGGUAUAAAAAAAAACGAUUAUCUUCUAAUUCAAAUAAAACUUUAUCUUUCAGAAAUGAAAACGAUUCGCAUACCUAGAAUUGCCAUAAGCAAUCAGCAUACUGCAGGUUUAAGUAUCGCUAAAAAUCAUUUUAAACCAAAUGCAAAUCAACAUUCAAAUUCCUCAUCGCCCUAUAAAUCAAUCACAAAAAUGCAUUCGUCAGAACAACAAUCAUUAUCGUCAUUAAGUUUUCACACGUGCAUUCAAUCGUCGAAUGUAUUUUUAUCACGUCAACACAGGUCUUCUAUUACGUCAAUGAAAAAUCGCUCAUCGACAUCCGUUAACGAUGAUUAUCUUCAAAUAUAUGAUAAUGUUAAAAGUCAAUCGCUAUUAAGUCCUAUGCAAAGAAGAAGUUCUAAUCAAGAAUCAUUAAAAAACCGUUCGUUUGGCUAUAAAGAUCAAUAUAUUAGUCAAGAAAUAAAUGAAUCGAAUCUACUCUGUAAACGACGAUCAACGAUUGAUAGUUCUAAUUAUUCACGAAGCCAAAAAGAAACAUCGAGUGUAUAUGAAACACCAAAGCAUAAUCACACCGCGCCAUACUUAACGAAUCCUUACCGAAUAGAUGGUGAUAAAAUCUCGAACGUAUCGAUAACAACAAUGAGUAAUCAAAGUGACAUGCAAAAUAAUUUAAGACAAAAUCAAAAUAAACAAAACCGAGGGAUCUGUCGAACGUAUUUAACGCGUUUUUGCGACAAUCGAUUCUGCAAGUAUUUCGACGACCGUGAAAACUAUGCACUGUAUAUAUUUUCACCAGAGAACAGAUUUCGUCAAAUGUUGAAGCGAUUAGUUGUUAAAAAGUCAUUUGAUCAUUUAACUUUAAUUUUCAUUGCUCUUAAUUGUAUAACAGUUGCUAUGGAAAGUCCAACAAUUCCAGCAGCAAGUUUUGAACGACUUUUCUUAAAUAUAACGAAUGUUAUUUUUACAAUCGUAUUUACAAUUGAAAUGAUGGCAAAAGUUAUUGCGGUUGGUUUUGUGUUUGGCCCAGAUACUUAUUUACAUAGUGGAUGGAAUGCAAUGGAUGGUUUGCUUGUUUUAAUAUCGAUUGUUGAUCUUGUUGCAAUGCAUCAAGCGGCACUAAUAUCAUCGAAUCCGAAAUCAGAAGGAGCAACUCAUAUAUUUAUUAUCAAUCGAGUACGUGGUCUCAAACUUGUUUUACAAACAUUAAUUUCAUCAUUACAACCUAUCGGUCACAUUGUUGUGAUCUGUUGUACAUUUUUUAUUAUUUUUGGUAUUCUUGGAGUUCAGCUAUUCAAAGGUAAAUUUUACUAUUGCGAAGGCCCAUAUUCUCGUAAUGUAACAACACGACAACAAUGCGAAGGUAUGCCUGAUCAUCGUUGGAAAAAUCAACAAUAUAAUUUUGACAAUCUCGGUCAAGCAUUGUUAUGUUUGUUCGUUUUGUCAUCACGUGAUGGUUGGGUACAAAUAAUGUACAAUGGUAUCGAUGCUGUUGAGGUCGAUGUACAACCCAUAAGAAAUUACAAUCCAGCAAAAAUCGUUUAUUUUAUUUCAUUUCUAUUACUUGUUGGCUUUUGUAUAUUGAAUAUGUUCGUUGGUGUUGUUGUAGAGAAUUUUCAUAAAUGUCGUGCCGAACAAGAACGCGAAGAAAAGGAAAUGCGCUUAGCUGAGUGCGCAAGAAAACUUGAAGCUAAACGACGCCGCAUGCUUAAAAUACCAUAUUAUGUACAUUUUGGUCUAUGGAGAAGACGCUUACAUCGUAUAUGUACUAGUAAAUAUUUUGACUUAAUCGUUGCUACUAUUAUCAUACUCAAUGUUGUCACAAUGUCAUUAGAAUUCUAUUUAAUGCCGCCGGCUUUGAAUAUCGUUCUUGAUUAUUGUAAUUAUACAUUUACAGUUGUAUUCAUAAUCGAAGCCAUAUCAAAGACUAUUGCUCUCGGGCCAUUACGUUAUUUAAAAGACAGAUGGAAUCAAAUUGAUAUUGCAAUUGUUAUUUUAUCGAUUUCUGGCAUUAUUGUAGAAAAAAUGAACAAUGGACAUAUACUUCCAAUUAAUCCAACACUUAUACGUGUUAUGAGAGUGUUAAGGAUUGCGCGAGUAUUAAAACUAUUGAAAAUGGCCAAAGGUAUUCGCGCUUUACUAAAUACGGUCAUGGAAGCUCUUCCACAAGUUGGAAAUUUGAGUCUUCUAUUUCUUCUUCUCUUCUUUAUUUUUGCUGCACUCGGUGUUGAGCUAUUUGGAAGAUUAGAAUGUAGCGAUGAACGACCUUGUGCCGGACUCGAUAAACAUGCGCACUUUAAAGUGUUUGGUAUGUCAUUUUUAACACUAUUUCGUAUUGCAACUGGUGAUAAUUGGAAUGGAAUUAUGAAAGAUGCAUUACGUGCAGACGAUUCAAUACAUGAUGGAAAAAAUGGUUUCAUGAGUAUAAUCGCACCGAUUUAUUUUGUUGCUUUUGUUCUUAUGGCACAAUUCGUUCUUGUUAAUGUUGUUGUUGCUGUAUUAAUGAAAAAACUUGAUGAGUCAAAUCAAAUGAUGACUGAUGAUGCCGAAACUGAUGAAGACACUGAACGACAUUUAACAGCUAUUGCGAGUGCGCAAGAUUAUUCAAAAAAAGCAUUUCUUAAUAAUAAAUAUCCAGUAUUUGCAGACUAUAAUUAUAUUCCGUAUUUUCCAUGUAAAAGACGAUUAUCUUUGCCAACAAAUUUUACAUUUCAUUCAAUAGUUUCAGCCGAGGAACGUGCAGAAAAAGACAAAUUAACAUUAAAAGUCAAAGCACAGUCACUAUCAUCGACUAUCAGUACGAUUUCUCGUAGUGUAACACCAAUACCAAAUGAAGCAGUACCUCAAAAUAAAAUUGAAGAAAAUCUCACAUUAAAUACUUGA